AUGUUUUCGCAAAAUGGCUGCGAUCUUCCAACCUAUUACGAAGCAAUACAAAUUAAUGUAAAUGAAAGUGGCUAUUAUACUUUUGCUAGCAAUAGCAGUAUCGAUACAACUGGUGCUAUGUACAAAAAUUAUUUCCAUCCAUUCAAUACAUUAAAAAAUUUGAUCUCAACAAAUGAUAAUAGUUGCCUGGUGACGACAUAUCAUCCAAAUAUAACAGGAACAUUUUCCAUCAUUGUGUUUGGUUCCAACAAUGUUACUCUCGAACGUCUAAUUGAAAAUCAUGAUGAAUGUGUUAUUGGUGGUUCAUGUAAUCUUCAAAUUAAAGGUAUUGGUAUAACUCUUGAUGAUAUUUUACGUUUUGAAAUCAAUCGAAAUAUGACAUUGAAGAAUCAAUCAUUAUUAGUGAAAAUAAGUGUUGCUUUGACAAUAAUUAUGUUUAUUAUGGGUUUAAUUAAUAGUAUUUUGUCAUUUUUAACAUUUCAAAAUGCAAAUUCAAGAAAAGUUGGAUGUGGAAUAUAUCUUUUAGCAUCUUCAGUAACUACUCUUAUGACAAUUUCUAUGUUUACAAUUAAUUUUUGGUUCGUUCUUCUCACUCAAAUGAAUUCAUCGAUUAAUUUAUCUGUUCGUCGAAGUGGAUGUAUUUUUAUUGAACCUCUCCUCAAACUUUUUCUUUACUUUGAUACAUGGCUUAAUGCUUGUAUUGCUAUUGAACGAGCGGUUCAUGUUUAUCAAGGUGUUCAUUUCAACAAAGAAAAGAGUAAACGUCUUGCUCGACGGAGUAUAUUUAUCUUACCAUUUUGUAUCUCAGCUACAAUCAUUCAUGAACCUUUACAUCGUAAUAUUUUCGACUUUGAAGUAAAAGACGAGGAGGAUGAAACAAAGAUAAUAGAAAUACAUCGGUGGUGUGUAAUUAAUUAUUCUCGUGUUGUCCAAUAUUAUAAUACAACCAUUCUUUUCAUUCAUCUUAUUGGUCCAUUUAUUGUUAAUCUCUUUUCUGCUUUAUUCAUCAUUUUUGGAACUGCUCGACAACGAUCAUUAGCUCAGACCAGUCGAAGUUACGUCGCACAUAUUCGUGAACAAUUACGCGAACAUAAACAAUUAGUGAUUAGUCCAGCAAUUCUACCCAUUCUAUCAAUGCCACGUUUAAUCAUUUCAUUAUUAUCUGGAUGUGUAAAGAUAUCUAAAAAUCCUUGGUUAUAUCUUUGUGCUUAUUUCAUUUCAUUCGCCCCAUCGAUACUUGUCUUCAUUAUAUUUGUCGUUCCAUCGGAAUUAUACCGAAAAACAUUAAAAGAAUCAUUGACGACUUGGCAACGACGAAUUCGUCAUUGA